AUGUACAUGUACGCCGAAACAAAGGGGCUGCCAGCAAAAGAGGAGCCAGAUGAAAGGAGGAAACAAAGGCUGCCUGAUCGAGUACGACGCACGGCUUCGGCACUUCGAGUGCAGAACGAGGAGACGAAGACACUGCUACUGUUUACAGCGCAAUGUAAGAUACAACUAUCAAGUACCGGUGGCUUGAAAGUAGAAAAAUGGCACAGGCACAAGCACCAACACGGACAUGCUUGUCUCGGAGGCGAAGCCACGGUGGUUCUCUACCACAUGCAGAAUACAGCCAAUGAAACUAUAGAUAGCCUUGGAAAGGCUUUUUAUCUUGAGGAGCCGCCGUAUGCGGUCGUGAUGAAGUUUCAAAUCGAGCCUGUAUGA